AUGUCCGCAGCGACCACAACAGACCCGGCCUCCUUGCCUCGGAGUCACCAUGAUGGCCAGACUGAGCUGCCCAAGAAAGCUCAGCCUGCUGGAAACUACAAAGGCUUCGUCGCCGGCGUCUUCAGCGGCAUUGCCAAACUGACAGUCGGACACCCCUUCGACACGAUCAAAGUCAGACUACAGACGUCGCAAAAGUCUCAAUUCAAUGGACCGCUGGACUGCUUGAUGCAAACCAUCAGAAAAGAAGGACCACAAGGAUUAUACAAAGGAGCCACUCCUCCGCUGGUAGGAUGGAUGUUCAUGGAUAGUUUGAUGCUGGGCAGCUUGACCUUCUACCGGAAACUGCUCAACGAGCGUGUCUUUCAGCCUAUGCGAGAGACUAGAAGUGCAGCCGGUGUAUACGCUAUGCCUUCAGACCAGACGCUACCAACGAUAGGACAUGCCAUUGCAGGAAUCAUGGCCGGAAGCACUGUCUCGUUCAUUGCUGCGCCUGUUGAACAUGUGAAAGCGCGUUUGCAGGUACAGUAUUCAGCCGACAAGUCGAAACGUCUAUACUCUGGACCCAUAGAUUGUUCACGCCAAAUCUUCCGCCAACAUGGAUUACGAGGGUUGUAUCAUGGUCUCGGAGCGACGCUGAUAUUCCGUACCUUCUUUUUCUUCUGGUGGGGUUCCUAUGAUAUGUUUACAAGAUGGUUCAAGAAGAACACUGCAAUGUCGGCACCAGCCAUCAACUUCUGGGCGGGAGGACUGUCGGCGCAGAUCUUUUGGCUGACGAGUUAUCCUUCGGACGUCAUCAAGCAACGCAUCAUGACUGACGAUUUGGCGAGUCGAAAGUUCCCUCGCUGGCGAGAUGCUGCUCGAGCUGUGGGAAGAGAAAGUGGAUGGCGGGGUUACUGGAGGGGCUUUGUGCCGUGCUUCUUGAGAGCAUUCCCGGCAAAUGCAAUGGCGUUGGUCGCAUUUGAAGGCGUCAUGAGGAUGCUUUGA